UACGCAGUACGUAAAUGAAUUACGGACGCUUCACAAUUCUACGCUGUAACAUUGUGGUACGGACGCGUGGUUCAGGUAACCUCGAAAAACUCGUAUCCGACCACGUUUGGAAGAGUGUACCUUUGUAUUAAAAUUAUCAAAGAGAAUCAUGGUUCAAGUAGGCAUGCCUAAAAAUACUAAGAAACGGUCAGCAAGUGAUUCUAAUCCAAUUGAAAAGAAACCACCAGGAAAUUUGAGUAAAGAUGCUAAAAAGAAGAAAACAGAAAGUGUAGCUGUACAAAAUGGACAAACAAAGAAGCAAAUUAAAAAAGAUAUGCCCAAAAAAUUAAAUAAAGAGAAGAACGUAGGACUUCCUGAAGGUUCUAAAAAACAAACAAAUGAAGGCAAACCACAAAAAACUGCAGAAGAGAAAUUAGCAUUGUUGAAAAGUAGACAAGAACAACGUGAAAAGCGUAAAGAAAAUAGAGUAAAGAAUAGAGGAUUGCAAAUUGAUUUAACUCCUGAAGAAAUAAAGAAGAAGAUUAAAGAAAUAGAAAAGAGGCAAAGUCUCACGAAAUCUGCUAAGAGAAAAUUGGCAUCACUUAGAAAAAAGUUAAGUGUAUUGGAGGGUACUGACGUUUCUAAAGACGGCAAAAUAAAACAGGAAGUAAAAGUAAAAAAUGAAAAAUCAGUGGAAGGUGCAAAAAAGAAACAAGCCGUACAAAAGAAAAAUGCCCAAGGAAAAUUGGGAACUAAGUCAGUUAAACAGAAUGAAAAGAAUGGUACAGUAAAGAAAGGAAAGAAAGAAGAAAAAGAAGAAGAGGAUGAUGACGACGACGAUGAUGAUGAUGAUAAUCUUGAAAUGGACGAUGAAUCAGAUGGAGAUGAAGAUGAAAGUAAUAUGGAAGAUGAGGAUGAAGAAGAAGAUGACGAGAAUGACGAUGAAGAAGAUAACGCAGUCAAACAAGAAGUAACAAAUCAAAAAGAUGUUCAAGAGAAUAAGAAAAGAUAUGUUCUCUUUGUUGGAAACUUACCAUACACUGCUACACCUGAAGAAAUUAAAAAGCACUUUUUGACUAAAGUCAGCGAAGUAGCUAACAUUAGAAUACCUAAGAGAGAUGACAACAAACCUCGUGGAUUCGCUUAUGUUGAAUUGAACAAUAGUACAGAUUAUGAGAAAGGACUUGCUUUGAACCAUUCAUUCAUUAGUGGAAGAAGGAUAAACGUGCAAUAUUCAGCACCUAACAAGAAAGAAGGUGUCGCAAAGAACUUCAAAAUGCACGCUCUCCAAAAGGCAGGAAUGUUAGCAGGUGGGAAACGAAAAGCAUUUUCCAUGGCUGGAGGCAAGAAAAACCAGAAUAGACGACCGACGAAAGCAUAAUUACUGAAUCAGUAGAAUUAAUUCUAAAUGAAUUUUUAUCUGUCACUAUCUUCGUUAUUCUGAAAGUAGAUAUAAGAUUUUUUUUAUAUAAUUAUGAUCUUAAAUUGUAAAGACUUAAUGUUGAAUGAUGUAGAUUAUUGGUAGAUAAACAAUUUAUCUAUUGAAAAA